CAUUUGAAUCGUGGUGCCAGGUGGUCGCGGUGCAGUGGCUGACCGGCGAGCCAUUUGCUUCCCUGCGGCGACGAGGUCGCGCUCGCUCGCUCUCUCUCGCCAUCGUCGUCCUGCAGCAGCAGCAGCAGCCGCAGCGCGGAGAAGUUUCUUGCGAUUGAAGAGCGGCCGGACUCGGUCGGGUCGAUCUGAAGCAGGCCAGCACGAGCGAGAGAGCGAGAGAGCGAGCUUCUGGAAGUCGAAUAAAGAGAAGGAUUGUGGCCGGUUCGCCGUUCCUACUGAGUGCGCGGAUCAGCGUGUGUGCUCCUGUGGCUUCUCCUGCCUUCCUUCCUUCCUUCGUUCCAUCUUCGUUGCGUCGGACCCUGCCCCAUCCGAUCUCUCCACUCUCUUGUUUCCCGUCUGUCUUCCCUUCCGCAAGAUUCUGUCGCAGAUCGAUCGCCUGGUGAACAGUCGAGGGAUUUGGUGUUCGUACUAGUCUUAUUUUGCACUCGUGUGCUUUUCUUCGGUUAUUUUUCUUCUUCGGCGACUUGCCGUUUGGGUUGGUUUGGUUUUCUCUGUGGCGCUCGCGGAUCCGGACUCUCUUGGGAGCAUUAUGGAAGAAUAGGAGGGCCUGCAGUUGUGUCUGGAAGUAAUUCUCUGGAGGCAUGGUGGGACAGUCGACUCUCUGUGGAUUAGACCUGAGGGUUAGCGAGCUUAUUUCGGAGCCGGGCGCAGUGACUAUGGAGGUGGAGGUUCAGAUCAGGAGAUUCCAAGGGAAGUUUGAGUUCGUCGUGUGCGCGCCGGCAGGGUUCACCGUCUUGUGAAACAGCUUGCUUCUUUCCUCUGGAAGAAAUUUGGAACCAGCAGAUUGAAAAGAGAGAGAGAGAGAGAGAGAGAGAGAGAGAGAGAGAGAGAGAGAGAGAGAGAGAGAGAGAGAGAGAGAGAGAGAGAGAGAGAGAGAGAGAGAUGCCCAGCAUCGGUGUAAAGUUGUAUAGUGUGUUUUUUAAGUUGUUAUUGAGACACCGUAUGCUCAACACCGGUGUUUCGAACACCAAAGAUGGUUAUGGGACCAUAUCCCGUGCGAAUGCAACCGGCAUUCCAGCGAAUGCUUCCUUCGUGGACGGAGUGGCCACAAAGGACAUCAACAUCGACCCAUUCACAUCGCUCUCUCUUCGAAUCUUCCUACCCCAAAGUGUUCUUCCCCGGGAUCAAAUUCGUCAACUUACUGCAGCUGAUGUUUUAGGUUUUGUUAGAGGACAUGAGACUCAAAUGGAGAAAGAAUGGGAAAAUGCUUACAGGAAAGGGCAGAACUUGAAAUCAUUAUCAGGAGAAUGGAAAGGUGAUCUCACUCAGAGCACUGUGUAUCAGGGAUACCUACCAGCCAAAUCUGUAAGGAAUCACAAGAAGUUGCCUAUCAUUGUCCAGUUUCAUGGUGGAGGCUUUGUGAUCGGGAGCAAGGAUUCGGCUUCGAACGAUAUGUUCUGUCGAAGGAUGGCCAAGCUGUGCAAUGCUAUUGUAAUUGCGGUCGGAUAUAGAUUAGCUCCUGAACACAAGUACCCGGCAGCAUUUGAAGAUGGCUUCGAAGCUUUGACGUGGCUGGCCAAGCAGGCGAACUUGGCGCAGUGCAACAAAUCUUUGGAACAUGUGCCUUCAGGUUACCUCCACAAAGGUUCGGAGAUGUAUAGGGAAUUGGUUGAUUCAUUUGGAGAAAAUGCGGUGGAGCCGUGGCUCGCUGCACACGCUGAUCCCUCAAGGUGCGUCCUUCUGGGAGUCAGCAAUGGAAGUAAUAUUGCGGAUCACAUCUGUCGACGACUGGUAAAGGCAGGCAGUGUUUUGGAGCCUCUUAAGGUGGUAGCACAGACGCUAAUGUAUCCCUUUUUCCUUGGGAAAGUUCCUACUCAUUCAGAGAUUAAACUGGCGAACUCAUACUUCUUCGACAAGUCCUCGUGUUUGUUAGCCUGGAAGCUCUUCCUGCCUGAUGAGUGUCCUGAUGAGGAUCAUCCAGCAGCAAAUCCUCUGAUUAUAGAUCCGGAGUUCCCUCUCAAGCGAAUGCCUCCAACUUUAACCGUAGUCGCUGAGCUUGAUUGGAUGAAGGAUAGGGCUGUUGCUUACUCCGAAGCAUUGAGGAAAGCCCAUGUGGAAGCGCCAGUUUUGGAAUACAAAGAUGCUGUGCACGAGUUCGCGACGUUAGAUAUUCUUGUGAAUACAAGACAGGCUGAGGCCUGUUCGGAGGAGAUAGCCGUAUGGAUAAAGAAGUAUACUUCGGGGAAGGAUACAGAGUUCUCUUAUUGAACUUCUUCAGGAGAUCCGCCCCAAUUUGAUUCAUGAAUCCAACGCGCGUUUGCCGAAAAGCCGGAAGUUGGAUCCCAAAUGACCUCAUCAUAUAUGUCCGAACCUUUGUCGUCAACAGUUUUCCCUCGCAUUGGCGAAGGUGUGAUCUUCACCCCGAUAAUUGGAAGGCAUUUAUGGCUGGAUGGGGUUUCAAAGGUUUUGACAGUAAAACCUUUACUUGUUUUAAGUACCAUGUUUCCCUAUCAUGAUCGAGAAGAGUAGCCUGAUCGCGAGAAGAUGUAGCAUUGAACUGAUUCUGAGGUAUACGACAUGCAGGACAAGCUUGAAAAACGAUCAAUACCGACUUGCUGCUCUUUGCGGGAAGAGGAAUUCUGAAAGACGAGAAACAACUGAGCGAGAUCCUGGCGUCCAUUAUGGAUUGGGGGAUCUACUUCGCGGAAGCCUUCCAAGCGGGAGCUGUCUAUUCUCCACAAACGCUUGGUAUUAGAGGAUCCUUUUCAUAUCAUUAUUCCAUUUAUAUUCUGCCCUUAUUGUGAAGCUGGUGUUCUUGUACCAUAUCCUACAACGUGCACUCUUUGUAAAUUCGAUUGAAGGAACCUUCAUAUUCUUUCUGAUA